AUGCUUCGCUUCGAUUAUUCGAGCAGGUACUUAGAGGGCUUGAAUCCGAGGGAUCUCCUGUUGCUCAUUUCAAGUACCAUCCUUGUGCUCUGGGUAUUCUACAAAAUUGAAAUCCACCCACGUUUCAUUAGCCCACUGCGACAUCUCCCCGCUCCAAAGGGAGGAUACCCGUUCAUCGGAUACGGCUUAAUCCGGUUUAAGAAGCCCAUCGGACCCGACUACCUCAAGUUCAUGGACGAGAUCCCCAACGAUGGUCUCAUCCGCUACCGGGGAUUCUUUAACCGCAACAACAUCCUCUUAACAAGCCCCAAGGCCUUGUCAGAAGUUCUUGCUAAAAGGCCGUACGACUUUGAAAAACCUCCUGGUGAUCGUGCAUUCAUGCGACGUGUGCUUGGGGAUGGCUUGGUCACGUCUGAAGGGGACAUUCAUAAAUUCCAACGCAAGCGCCUUCUGCCCAUGUUCAAUUUCCGAAACAUCAAGGCUUUAUACCCGGUAUUUUUGAAGAAAUCUGCGCGAUUGGUACAAGAGAUUGAAAAGAGUGAUCCAGCUAUGGAUAGUGUUAUAGACAUUAACUCAUGGGCUACGAAAGUCACUCUUGACAUUAUCGGAAUUGCAGGUAUAGGUCGUGAUUUCGAUACCUUGAGCGAUACUGGAGACAGCCUCGCUAAAACAUACGACCACGUUCUGGAACCUUCAUUCGAGAAAUUACUCAUUUUAUCAAUGAUGAAUCUUGGACUGGACUGGCUAAUCAGAUUCAUCCCCGGAAAUAUUGACAAAAAAUUCACCAAGGGCACUGACAGUCUCCGAGAAAUAUGCUACCAAUUUAUCCGCGAAAAGCGAGAAAGCCAAAAGGGUUCGAGAGAAGAAACGACGGAUAUUUUGUCCAAGUUAAUGGACACCAACGAGUUCUCCGAUGAAGAGCUUGUCGAUCAGCUUCUGACUUUCAUCGCCGCCGGUCACGAAACUACAUCCUCUACCUUGACCUGGUUGGUAUACGUUCUCGCCUCCGAUAAAGAAUUGCAAUCGAGCCUGCGCAGAGAAAUACAAAACUGUUUCCCGGAGGAUCUUUUGAAAAACGAGAACGGAGACGUUCAAGUUGGCGCUGUAUUGGAAUCAUUGCCACUUCUCAAUGGCAUUUGCAACGAGACGAUGCGUCUAUACCCGACAGUACCCUUGAGUAUGCGAACUCCGAACAAAGAUACCACCAUUCUCGGCCACUCGGUUCCAAAGGGUACUGAGCCUGAGAGGUGGAUUGAUGCUGACACGGGCAAACCGAACAACACCGGAGGAGCAAUUAGUAAUUACGCAGUCAUGACCUUUUUGCAGGGCGUGCACAUGUGUAUUGGACAGAGUUUUGCAAAGGCAGAGUUACGGGCGCUUGUUGUUACUCUGGUCCGUGCCUUCGAGAUUGGGCUGGCCUAUCCGGAAAGACCAGUUAUCCCGGCCGGUAUCAUUACAACGAAGCCGGAAGGUGGAAUGUGGAUUAAGCUGAAGCGAGUUGAAGAAUGCUUCUACGCACAAGACUAG